AUGCUAAGUAAUGCCAUAGAGCCUUCAAAUAACUGGUCUUUGUAUCCAGUAAAUUUAGUGGACGGCUUAUGUUUUGACAGCAGUGAUGGUGAUCAACCACUUAUGGUAAUAAAGAAAAGAAAUGAUGAAGCAAAAAGUUUAACUGGAGUUCAAGAAGAGUCUUGCAAUUAUAGUUUUGAACCAAAUUCAUUGGGAUCUAUGUCUUCUAAUGCUGUUCAGUCAAAAAUAUUAAAUAUUAUAUAUGAACAAGGCAUUGAAACCAAUGCAUAUUUAAAAAGAAUUGAUGGAAGAUUGGAUUGUCUUGAAACAAUCAUAAAAAAUAUGUCAGCUGGUACCCAAAAUAAUAAUAAUAAUCCUAUAGAUAGUGAAUUUUUAACCAUGUUUCCUUUAAAAGAUAUCGAUUCACUUAAAGAUUUUGAUACUCGUAUCACAAAUGAUUCAGAUUUUAAACUACAUGUGACGAAUUUUAUUACUAGAAUAGGAGGUAUUGAUAUCAAAAAUUUCAUUAAACGUGUAUUACAAAGGAUUUUUAGUAACGAGCUAUCUUCAAAAUGUUCGUGGACAGGUUUUCGAAAUAACUACAGGCUCGAAAAUAUUUGGUUUAUGAGCAUCAUGAAAGACUUAUCUAGGGAAAAAUUCAACUCAUCAGACCUUGAUUUCGAGUUGCAUGUUAAAGACUGGUUUCGUCAUGGCUCACAGCGAUUAAUAAGAGAUCAACAGACUAAGAAUAAAUAA